AUCGGGAGUGUCGCUUUGUGUUUCUGUUCAAAACUCAAUACGACGUGUAUUGAAAGUUAUAUUCCGUGUUCUUUAUCGCGUAACAUUUAAAAACGGCGCGUGAAAAGUUUUCGUUGUGGGUGAUCAUCAAAUUGUCAAAUUUGUUGACUCUUCUCUAACGUAAAAGAAAAAUAUUUAUACAUAUAUUGCCUAACUAUAUUCGAAUGUAUGUAGACAUUAACUUUGACCUUAUUAAGUAAACAGUAACACAGAGGGAAGGGAGGAUAUGUAUACGAUAUCCGAUACUCGUGAUUUAGUGAUUUCAUGACUUUGAAUGAUGUUUUAACUAAUAAUAAAUUUUUUAAUAUUAACGGCUCAAUGAAACAAACGAAUUUUAAUGAAAUAUAAUAAUGUAAUAAGAAUAAAAACAAAAUCGUGUUUUAUAUCGAGAGUAUUUCAAAGUUUGCUUGCUAUUGUAUACCAAGAAGGCCGAUCGGAUUAAGAAGCUGUGACGUUCUACUGAACUCUGAACGAAGAGGACGGAAGUGUGAAGAGAGAGGAACAGAAGAGCGAAAGAGUAAGAAAUUACUCAGGGGUAGCGGGGGGAAGUUGGAUUAAGAAGCGUGGCAAUUAUUCGGCCCGCAAUCCGAUCGGCCCUAUAAGGACGAAUGCAAUGAAAGCCGCGGACCGAAGCGGUCACAGCGACCCCUACAAUAUUUUUUCCCCUAGGAGCCCGCGGACAAAUUUUGGAUCAUCGCCGACACAUCCCGAGAUGUUCGAUUUGGAGACCAUUAUAUGCGAGUUCGAGAAGGGUUUCCUCUCCCCAUCGAAGCACGAAGGAAGGCCGAUGGAAAUAGGCAAGCAGAGGAACUUCGUCAAGAAGAUCGUGGCGGCGUUCGAGGUAAAAUACAAGGCGUGUAACGAUCCGAGGGGCGGGCAGGAGGGGGCCGAGAGCAACCCGGACACCAGUUGCGGAGAGGCGGCGAGGAAGAGGUCGGAGAUCUUUGAGCCAAUCCCUUUCGACUCUGAAAAUUUGCACGAUGACUCGAUGAGCGAGGGCGAGAAGAACGAAUUUGAGAAUCGUUCCGACAGCAAUUCGAUGGGGGAAACUUACGCCUGGCCUUCCGAAACCUAUGCGUCCUCCGAGGAGGAUGGGCAUACGAUCGAUCUUCGAAAAGUCAUUAAACGCGACGAGACGGAGGACGAUCGUGAAAAUGUGGAAGGAUUGAUGUGCUCGAACGGUUCCAGGAAAUCGGCGAUAUUCUCGAGCGGGUUCGGCAAAGAUUUGAAGAACGAAACGAGUGAAAAUUUCUCUGAUGCUUAUCUGAGCUCGUUGAAUCUCGACCGGCGAGGCUCGAACGACUCCGAUUGCUCGAGCCUUUUCAUAUUCGACAAAGAGCAGUCCUGUCGAAGAUCGAACUUCUACGCUGAUUCGAAGGUGGCCGAGGUAUCUCUCGAUGACACGAUGGAGGGCACGAUCCUUGACUUGACCCUGCCCAAUCCGGAACGGAGGGGCACUUCCUCGAUGGAGAGCGGAUUUCCUAAAAGCACGAGCACGAUGAUCAACGAAUUUCCUAAGAAGGAGGAAGAGGAGGAGGAGGGGGAGGAGGAGGAGGAGGAGGAAGAGGAGGGUUCGAAGGAAGGCCAACAAAUUUCGCGCAACGAUAAGACCCCUAAGAUAGUGGGGGCGUUCUUGAAGAGACCGAUCGAAGUCGAGGACACCUCCAUCGAUUGGAUACCUAUCCCAGGGAAGAAAUUACCGCGAAAAAAAUCAUUGAAAAAAUUGCUAUAUUCGUUGACAGGUAAGAGGCUCGAUAAAAAACGAAAAUUGUUCUCGUCGGAGAGGAACUUGAACGAGGGGGAAUAUCAAGAUUCCGGGUACGACGAGAGAUCUUGCUCCUCUUCUUCCUUGACAUCUUUGGCCUCCAUCACGGACGUAUUGGGCAAGGCUCAGCGAGAGAAUAGCAGUUUGCUGGACUCGAACAGGGAGUUCACGUUCAAUACAUUCAAAUCGAACAACUUGGCGUGCAAAGAGGAGAAUGGAACGUUCUAUCAUUUGCAAGGGGAGGAAAACGCAAAAAAGCUCAUUUUAAACGAGGUACCCCGCGAGAGCUUGAGACUAGAUCUGGGUCCAUCCUAUCCCCCUCUGAGUCUGAUAACACAGAUGGCAUUGAAACCCAAAGCAACGAGAUCCAAUCCAUCCAGCCCAUCCCUCGUGAAAGGGACCCUGACCAAACUGCCCAAGCAUCCACAUCUCUCCAAGAUACGGAAACACCCGUUCAUUUCCUUGACAAAGAUGGACAACAGCCAGGAAUUCUGCAGCUCUUACAUAUAUCAAACCGGCCAACACUCGUCCGUAAUUAUUAAAAACGACAUGUACGAAGUGGAGAUACGCAGGAGGAGCGAGGACAUUCCCUGUCCUUUUUCGCAUCAUAGCUCCACGUCCGCGGCUACCCACCACUACGACGUCCCCAGAAAAUUCUUGUCCAAAUCUGAGACCGAGAUCUGGGCUAAGUGUCAAUGCUCGAGAAAGGAGGAGCCAAUUUACGACGUUCCGAAGUUGCAAAAUAUCGAGAGAUCUAAAUCCAGUGAUUACGAGGAAGUUCUUUCCUCUAAAAGGAAAAACGCUGUGGAGGAUCGAGAAGAGUCGGGCGAGAAUUAUGCAACCGCCGAUAAUGCUAAGAAUUGUCUCAACGACGAGAUGCGAUUUAACAUAUAUGUAAACGAGAAUUCCAUUCAAUUUUAA